AUUUCGUUUCUUAAUCUUCAUUAGCAAAUCCCAUCUUCUCGGAAAUGGCAAAUUAAACAGUGAUUUGCUCAUUUUAAAGGGAAAUCAAUAAUCAAAACCACCAUGCCAAAAAUUCUAUCACAGAAGAAUGUUCUUUAAACAAAUAUUAUAUAGUCUUUUUACUUAAACAUCAGCAGAAAACUGUCGGAUCAGAUCGGAUCAGAUCAGAUCAGAUCCUUCAAAACCCAGACUCCCUUUUAUCGAGAUCUGAUUAACCCAGUUUUUAUUUCUCGUACGGAUCGAAAAAGACACGUUCAAAGAGACAAAGACACGUUACAAGCUAUUCUUGUCUCGUUUUCUCUUGUGCCGACACGUCCCUUGUUGCUUUGCCUUAAUCUCUUAUCAAUUAUCAUUUCCCCAGAAAGUAAAAAACAUUACAAUGCAAUUGAAGCCUCUUCUUCCUCGUACAUGAAACAGAGAAGCUUGUUGUCAUCAAAACGAACCCUGGCUGAAAUGGUGGAUCCAAGCAGCGGCGAGGUCGCCGCUGCCGACUAUGUCGAAUUGGGUGAACAACCAUCUUCGCCGAAGUCAGAAAAAUAUCAAAAGGUUUCCGUCAUACCCCUUGUUUUCUUAAUCUUUUAUGAAGUCUCCGGUGGACCUUUUGGUGUUGAAGACAGUGUUAAAGCAGCUGGUCCUCUCUUAGCCCUUCUUGGAUUCUUAUUAGUUCCAUUCGUAUGGAGUGUCCCAGAAGCGUUGAUCACGGCGGAGUUAGGCACAAUGUUCCCGGAGAACGGCGGCUACGUCGUGUGGGUCUCAUCAGCUUUGGGACCUUAUUGGGGUUUCCAACAAGGAUGGAUGAAAUGGUUAAGUGGUGUCAUUGAUAAUGCUUUAUAUCCAGUUUUAUUCCUUGAUUACCUCAAAUCGGCGAUACCCGCCUUGGAAAAUGGUCUGCCGAGGACGGUGGCGGUGUUGGUUUUAACGGUGGUGCUCACUUAUAUGAGCUAUAGAGGGUUAACUAUUGUAGGAUGGGUAGCUAUAUUUCUUGGGGUAUUUUCACUUUUACCCUUCAUUUUCAUGGGGUUUAUAGCUAUUCCUCGAUUGAACCCUGCAACUUGGUUCAUUAUGGACCUUGAUAAGAUAGAUUGGACUUUAUAUUUAAAUACCCUGUUUUGGAACUUGAAUUAUUGGGACUCCAUUAGUACACUUACAGGUGAAGUUGAAAACCCAAGUAAAACCCUUCCUAAAGGUCUUUUUUAUGCUCUAGUGUUAGUUGUUUUCGGGUACUUUUUUCCGCUUUUGAUCGGUACCGGCGCGGUUCCACUCAACCGCGAGCUUUGGACCGACGGGUAUUUCUCCAACAUUGCUAAAAUGCUUGGAGGUGUUUGGUUGUUAACAUGGGUUCAAGCGGCGGCUGCUUUAUCCAACAUGGGAAUGUUCCUCGCCGAGAUGAGUAGUGACUCGUUCCAGCUCGAGGGAAUGGCAUCUAGGGGGAUGCUUCCUGAACUUUUUGCUAAAAGGUCCCGUUACGGAACCCCUUUGGUCGGGAUUUUAUUCUCGGCAUCCGGUGUCAUACUCUUGUCUUGGUUGAGCUUCCAAGAGAUUAUAGCAGCGGAGAACUUCUUGUAUUGUUUCGGGAUGAUCAUGGAGUUCAUAGCGUUCGUGAAGCUAAGAGUAGAUCGUCCUGCAGAAUCGAGACCGUACAAGAUCCCGGUCGGGACAGCUGGGGCGAUUUUAAUGUGUAUCCCACCAACAUUGUUGAUCCUGGUGGUUUUAGCCAUUGCAUCUUUUAAAGUCAUGGUGGUUAGCACGGUGGCAGUGAUGAUAGGACUUGCUCUUGAGCCAUGUUUAAGGUAUUCGGAGAGAAAAAGAUGGCUCAAAUUCAGCAUGAACCCUGAUCUUUAUGAUCUUCGUUCUCCUUACCAGUAAUGUAAUAAAAAACACGUUAUUAUGUUUUUUUUUUAUGUUUCAUCAAGCUGUUUUAGUUAAAUAUAAUAGAGAUUAUUACAUAUAAA